AUGGUCCUUCUCAGUUCUGGGUUCCCUUCCCUCUUUGUGGGGGCCAGCCUUCCAGAUUAUGGAAAGGGCCUUGCCUAUUGUGGUCAUUCAGUUGGUUCCUUCCCUGUCAGAGCAGUUCCCAAUCCUUCCUCUCAGCCAGAGCUUCCUCCAAUCUCAACGCCUGCACAGCAAGUGCCAAAGCCACAGGAGACACCUAUUCAGGCUGUAUUUGUGGUUGAGGAUGUGAGCACCAUCAUAAAAGAAGCAGUGGAAAGCACUAUUGGUGGAAAUGCAUACCAGCACAAUAGGGUGAAUCAGUGGACAUCCAGUGUGGUUGAAACCUGCUUAAAUCAGCUGACUAAACUUGGCAAACCAUUCAAAUACAUUGUCACCUGUGUUAUCAUGCAAAAGAAUGGGGCUGGACUGCACACAGCAAGUUCUUGCUUUUGGGAUAAUGCAGUAGAUGGAAGCUGCACAGUCAGAUGGGAGAACAAAACUAUGUACUGCAUUGUGAGCGUCUUUGGCCUUGGUGUGUAGAAACAGAGUAAUAACCCUCUGCAGACAGAACUGAGAAGAACAGUCUAUUGAUAGAGUUGGAAGGAAUUUAACUUCAUGUGUAAUACUCCUAAUUAACAGUUUUAUUUUUAUUUUUGAUAAAAAAUAAAUAAUAAACAAUUGUGCAUAAGUUAAAGGUGCUCCUUUUCCUCAAGUGUUUUAUACUAGUGUACUCUGUAUUUAAUUACUUAUCCAGCACUAAAUUAGGUGGGUUCUAGUGACUUCAAAUGAUUGCAUUUUAAAAUGGUAUGUUUCUAAUAUAUGCUCAAAGAUUAUGGCACGUCCAACAUUAUUUAUAAACUUCACAAAGUUUCAGUUUUACUUUAAUGACUUCUAGACAGAAGUCUGUUAGCAAAUUUGUCUUUGUGGUAGUCAAACAACACUUGAGGAUUUUCAGUUUGCGUGCUUGUUUUGAAGUUUCACAUAAAGCUGGUUAUGUUUCUCACUGUAGAAACUUUAAUAAAAUCAUUAUUGUAAUAUA